AUGGACCAGAAGGCGCAUCCUAAACAUGGCUCGUCAGGGUAUUGGUCAGAUGGUGAGACUGUCAAAGAGUCAACGUGUCUCCAUCGUCAGGAAUGUUCUCGAGGGUCUGCCGCAGUUCGAUGGAUAUCCAUAAAUGUGGGUGGCGGAAUUCCAGUAUAA